AUGGCGACAGCCGUGUCUUUCGACGAGAUUAUCCAAGCCGAUCGCCAGAGGAAGAAAAACGAGGAGCUUGCAAACAGACUCCUGGGUAAGAGCAAAAAAGCAGUCAACUCUGAAGCCAAUAACAAGGCGGCGCCCAAGAGCUUAGCAAGCAGGAUCGGCGUGACGAAGCGUGCCGCAUCCGCGACACGAUCCAAACAAAGGAAUAACACGCCGCGCUCGGCAUCGGCAAAGCGCCGUCCUGGCGAAGAACGCCUGGCUGCAGCUCUCGAUCCAUCAAGAGGACAAGCAGCGGUUCGCAACAAUGCUGUUGGCAUGACAAUCAAGGGAUCAUCGGGCCUAGGGCCGUUUGUUGUCACCGGCAGUAAUUUCGCCCCAGGCACGACCGCCGCAGAUAUUCAGUCCGCCGUGGAGGCUACAUCUGGUCCCAUGCUAAGUUGCAGGGUCAUUUCGCCCCGUCCUACAGUUACAGCUGAGAUGGUUUUCGCAGAGAGGUGGACGGCAGAAACCGUCGUUGCCAACUUUCACAACCAGAGGGCUGAUGGCAGGGUCCUAUCGAUGCGCCUCGAACCAAACGGUGCUGAAGCAAACCGCGAUUCCGAUCUUUUCGGCCCUCCCCUUGCCCCCUCCAGCUUCAAAUCCUCACAGCCUUCCUACGACGUCCUGAGAGAGCAAGCAGACCGCCAACGCCGAAAUCGUAGGGCAGAACCAGAACUCCAAGAUGGAAGAUAUGGUUUCUCCAACAACCGUAAAGCUCUGAAUAAUGGUCGGGAUAGGAGGGCUGCAGGCUCCAAACAGAAGGAACCAGAAACGGGACUCUACAGCGAUCAAAUGAUGGUUGAUGCUACGCCGCAACAGCCCUCAGGCAAUAGGGGUAGACGGCAACGAUAG